AUGCCUGACCGGGACAGCACCUACCUGUCAGGUGGUGGUGGGAGCAGCAGCGGCGGGGUGGGUACUAGUGUGGGCGAGGAAGGUGGGUCUGGUUUAGGAGGGAGCACGGGAGAGGGCUGGGGGGGGUCCGCAGGAGGUGAAGACAGUGGCUGUGGUUCUGGGGGCAUGGGUGGAGGAGGGGCCCUGGGGAAUGGGAACAACUGUGGGGGAGGUGGAGCCAGGGGCCCGGAGUCAGGACCGGCCCCGGACGGGGUCUGCAGAGACUUCUUGAGGAACGUGUGUAAGAGGGGCAAACGCUGCCGCUUCAAACACCCCGACUUCAAUGAGGUGCCGGACCUCGGGGUGCAGAAGAACGAGUUUGUGUUCUGCCACGACCACCAGAACAAGGAGUGUGUCCGCUCUAGCUGCCGCUUUGUCCACGGCUCCAAGGAGGAUGAGGACUACUAUAAGAAGUCAGGGGAGCUACCCCUCAGGCUGAGGGGGAAAGUGGCUGCAGGACUGGGCCUGUCCCCCAUGGACCUCCCCCACAGCCGAGGGGAGGUCCCCAUCUGCAGGGACUUUCUGAAGGGUGAGUGCCAGCGGGGCAACAAGUGUAAGUUCCGCCACGUCAAGAAGGACAACGAGUAUGAGCCGGCAAGGGUGGGUGUGGGGGGCGUGUUGGGCCCAGGGGCCAGUGGGAUGGUGAACACAGGCGGCGGGGUCGGAGGGGUUGGGGUGGGUGCCUGUGGGGGCAUGGCUGGACUGGUGGGGGGUGGAGGUGGGGGCAACAUGAUGGGGAUGGGCUUCCCCAGCCUAGGGGGUUGCAGAGACCCGGGUAUCUCAGGGGUGGGAGGAGUAGGGGUAAGUGGGAUUGGGGGUUGCCUCUCAAUGGGGGCCUCAGGACCGCGUCGUUUUGACAGGGGCCCCUGCUCGGUGUACGAUCCCCUGUUUGAGAGCGGACUGUAUGAGACAUUGCCCCUGGAAGCCCCUGUGGACCACACAAUGCUGCAGCUGAAGAGACGCAGGCUGGAGGGGCUCCGGCUGGACGGAAACGGAGGGGGGCACUAUGAGCUGGGGGUGCAGGCGGCCCUCCCACCCCGGCCCCUAGUGUACAGGUUUCUGGAGGAGGAAAACACCCUGCUGAGGAGGAGAGUGGAUGACCUGAAGAAACAGGUCAGUCUAGCAGACAGGUGAUGAUCAACAACCCUCCACACAUAAUCAACAACCACACAUAACAAUACAAUGUAUCUAUUAAACUUUUAAGAUCACUCCUCAAACACCUUGUUAAUAUUUCUUCAGGUGUCAAACCUCAUGGCCACCAACGAGGUGCUGCUGGAGCAGAAUGCCCAGUUCCGGAGCCAGACCAAGGUGUCGGUGAUGACCCUGUCCUCCACCCCAGCCCCCUCUGAACAGACCAUGGCGUCCCCCGUGGGCGCGGUCAGUUCCUACAGCAUCGCCCAGACCCAUACCACCCGGAGUAGCACCGGGCUGCAGCCUCGUACCGUCACCCUCACACAGCAGGACCUAGUGGCCCCCACCGGUGCCCCUACAGUGCCCCCAUCUAACGUCGCCCCACCCAGCGCUCCCCUGCCCCACCUCAACCCCGAGAUCACCCCGCUCUCAGCUGCCCUGGCUCAGACCAUCGUCCAGGGCAUGGUGCCUCCCGUCUCCAUGGCGCCCGUCACUGUUUCCGUGGCGCCGGUGGCUGUAUCCAUGGCACAGCCUCUGCCUGGCAUCACUAUAAGCCAUUCCACCACCCCCAUGGUGUCAUACCCUAUCGCCAGCCAGAGUAUGAGGAUCACCACCAUACCUCACUGAUGCAGCACACGCUCUAGGACCCAUGGAACUAAAGAUGGGGAUGGUAUGUAGAAUUCCAUCUCUCAAGUUUUAAUUACCCACUGCUGACUGACUUGAGGGGGGAAGUUGAGGUGGGUGACCCCUAAUGCCCACAUGCCAUGGACAGAGAAAAGGUUAACGAUGAUAGGAUGCCUUCACACAAACCCUGCUUUGUGGCAGCGCUACAGGUAGUCCUCUGAGGUGACCUCUGAACUUGUUAAAGGUUUGUGUGCCAAAGGGAUUUCUUCAAACACAGACACCAAAAAUAACGACAAACUGUGAAAAUAUGUCAGGGUAAUAUUCAUAGUUCUUUGACAAAUUUGACUGAUGUCUUGAGAUUGCAAGGUGUUUGUGACAUUUCAGUUAGCUUCCGUUAUUUAUGUUUAUGGAUUUCGCUUGUGUAACUCUGAUAUUUUGCACAUGUUUAAUGAGAAUAACAACCACA